UGAACCUGCAGCGGUGGCCAUGGAGAGGAACUCGUCGUCGUGGGAAAGUGCUGGUGCGCAAUCGCUUGCCUUUUUAGGGAACGCAACGGUCAGCGGUGAAAGAACGGAACUUCACCUUCACAUGCCAGAGAUUAGCAUACAAUGCACGGUCUACGAUCAACGUCUGGGGCUUGUUGUUGCCGUAGCAGCCGGCGCUAUCCUUUGGAAAAUCAUGAUGUCCAAGAGUAGCCUCACAAAAAAGCCACAUAAACCAAAAUCACGGAGGCUGCUGUCUGGGGCUCUUCCGCCAGUUUUUCCAAAUGGUUGGAUUCCAGUGCUUGAGUCGACGGAACUUGUUGUAGGAAAAAUCAAAUCAGUCAGCGCCUUAG